AUGUACGACCGCGUCAAGCACCUCCCCGAGUACAAGGCCUGGGUGGCUGGUGGUGGUUUGGCGCGAUUCGCCAAUGAACAAGAUCUGGAAACAGAUUUUGUAGAUCACAUAUUCCGCACCAGCCCCCAGGUCCAGAUAGCGUACGAUAGAAUCCUCCGAAUAAUGCCCAGCGUAUUGCAGGAGAUGACCCGGGAUAUGAGGCCAGAGCCGACGACCUACAGCCAGGCAACCGCACUCCAAGCAAGAAACGAUUACGAGCAAGGCAGCGGUUCGGCUGCAACCUCGGAGGACGAUGAUGACAGCGCCGAGAAGACGAGCAACCCCGAGAACAUAAGCGAAAAGGAACCCGCGAGCAAGCAAGCCAGCAACGCUAUGCAGGAGAGCGCGCAGCCUUCAAUGGAGCAGCCCGACAAAGUCUUGAAUGUGAGCAGAAAUGAGAUGAAUUGA